AUGUUCAGUCAGGUCUAUCUCGCUAUUCUUGCAGCUUUUAAUAUCCACACAGAACAGAAUUGUCGUUUAAACACACGAACUCAUUUUGGUGAACCUCUUCCUAUUAUUAUAAGAGAUGGAAGAUUACUAGAACCUAACGAUAAUGACGGUAAUAUUGAUUUGAAUAUUGGAGACGAAUUGACUAUAAGCUGCGAAGGUUCUGGAUCUAUUUUACAUGCCAGCGCCACACAAUCGCUCAUAACAUCCAACAUAUUCUGUGAAGGCGGUGAUAAUUUUAAGAAUAACGACUGGCUUCUAUCUCCUGCUAGAUUUACUCUCUUCAAAUGUCAAUACCCGCCAAAUUAUAUAAGCAAACGAACGAAUCAAACGUGCUUCGAUGGUAACGAAAUCGUCCAAGUUGGUUACAAUGUCCAGAAUCAAUUUUAUCCUUUAUACGAAACUUGCUUCAAUUAUGGCACACGUAAUCCUAUAUAUUCGAAGUACACUCAAAAGCCGUACAAUGCUUACUAUCAAACUAGAGUCGAGCGACCGUUUUUUAUAGACGAUGGUAAUUACGGUUUCCCAGUUGAUUCGUAUUUCUCACCAAAAGGCCAGCAGUAUGCCGUCGCACAGCUAGUUGGGACGAAGCUAAAGGAUUAUAUAACGCCAACCCAAGAGUUAUCUAGAGGACAUUUAGCUGCUAAAACAGAUUUCGUAUUCGCUUUCGGAGAACGUGCUACCUUCCACUAUGUGAAUUGCGCACCGCAAUGGAAAAAUUUCAAUGGUGGCAACUGGAAUACUCUGGAAGUAGAUCUGAGGAAUCAUAUACACGCAGCGGGAUACAAUACAGUAAUAUAUACUGGAACGUAUGGAGUGACUCAACUCUUGAAUCAUGUUGGUUACUGGGUAGACUUGCAUCUAUAUACCGAUGAGAACAACAACCCCGUCAUACCAAUCCCUCAAUAUUUUUACAAAGUUGUCUACGAGCCUAGUAGUAAAAACGGUAUAGCAUUCGUCGGUAUCAAUAAUCCACACUAUACAGUGGAAAAAAUAAAACAAUUGAUUUUCUGCGACGACGUUUGUAAAGAGAAACCACAAUUUAGUUGGCUGACCUGGCAUCCGAAUAAUCCAAACGAAGGAUAUACUUUUUGCUGUACUAUACCAGAUUUCAGACGAACUAUAACCCACUUACCUGAUUUUGAGCUUCUCCUAGUUGUUAUCUGUAUAAUAAAUGAAACGAAAUCUAAAAGCUUAAGUAACAACGCUACUGAUAUUAUAAAUAAUGAAAUUACUAUAUCUAGGCGUUUAUCGAAACCUGCUGUAGUAUCGGAAAGACGGACUAUCGGAUUAUUUCCUAGCCUUACACAUAAAGUAAAUAAACCCUCUGUGUCCUGGAAACCGGUAAGUGAAGAAAAUGUACAAAAAAAUCGAAAACCGGUGAUGCGUAAACUUGAAAUAAAAAAUGAUAAUCAAAAAAGCAAUAAGUUAAGAAUGAAAGCAACAACAAGACGUCCAUUAAUGACAAUCAGAAGAUUCACAAUAAAACCUCAUUACAUCCAUUCUGAAUCGGCUCGUGGGAGACAUGUAUGGGAUAGAAAGGGUAGGAUUGGGAGCCACAUUUCAGAAACACAAAGAAACGCCAAUAAAAAUAACUCUAGAAUCAACGAAGAUACCAGUUUAGAAGACAGAGUUAAUACAGAUAGUGAUUCUGACGAAUUGGUGAAAGAAGUCGAGGUAAAUGACAACGCUGCAGCUGAAUCACAAAUAACAAAAACAGUGAUAUUUCCGCGAAGAAAUAAAACGUAUCCAACAACAAAUAAAAGUGAACAGCAUAUUAGUACAAGUGAAAACGUAGCAGGGUCCAAUGACAAAUCACAAUCUUUAUCCAAUAAGCAAGUCGCUGAUAGUAAAACAAUGAACAAUUUGAAUAUCACUUCGCUAGAACCAAAAGUAAAGCCUGAAAAUGCUGGUGAAGGAAGAGCCUUUUCUGUUAAAGGUGAGGAAGUUCAAAAUCUGGCGCCGAAUUUAAAACUUGGGACCAAUAAAGAUGAAGUAACUUCCAAGACUGAUAUUAAAAUAUUAGAUUUACGACCUAAAAGGAGCGUCAACAUAAUAGAAGAAGAAAUGGUAGCAACUUCCCAACCAAGAAGCAAGAUUACAAAUCGAGAAUUUGUUAUAAAUUACGAUUUAAAGUUUAAAAAUAUCAAUACUUAA